AUGUUAGCACGACUUGGGCUUUAUCAGAGCCUGAAAUUGUCAACAUUGAAAUUUUUGGCACCAAGUUUGACAAGAGGUAUUAAGACUAUUCCUCAACCACCGGGAUAUAUUGUAGGUACUGUGAACGAUGCCUAUGUUCCACCAAAACCACAUAAAUUGGAAGGCUCGCUUCAUUGGACCAGUGAAAGGUUAGUUGCUGUUGGAUUGGUGCCAUUGACUUUAGCUCCGUUAGUCACUGGUACUUCUACAUUGUUGGACUCGACAUUAUGUUCAUUGCUCUUAUUUCAUUGUUAUACCGGGUUCCAGUCUUGUAUCACAGAUUAUAUUCCAAAGAGAGUAUAUGGUAACUUGUUCAACUAUGCCAUUUAUUUAUUAACGUUUGGUACUGGUGUUGCCGGCUAUGGUGUUUACCAAAUCCAGAAGAAGGAAGGUGGAAUAUGUCAAAUCAUCUCCAAAGUUUGGAAGGCUUAG